GGUGGCGGCAAAGGAAGGAGGAAGCGCCGAGCGGCUGCGCGACGCCCCCGCGCCGAGCCCCGGGCUGGCCCGCCAUGGCUGCCGGAGGCGCCCGCGCGGGCUCCGCGUCCCCCGUGCCGUCCGCGUCCUCCCUGCCUCUGGCCGCGCUCAACGUGCGGGUGCGGCGCCGCCUGUCGCUGUUCCUGAACGUGCGGACGCAGGUGGCGGCCGACUGGACGGCGCUGGCGGAGGAGAUGGGCUUCGAGUACUUGGAGAUCCGGCAGCUGGAGGCGCACGCCGACCCCACGGGCAAGCUCCUGGACGACUGGCAGGGGCGCCCGGGGGCCUCGGUGGGCCGUCUGCUGGAGCUGCUCGCCAAGCUGGGCCGCGACGACGUGCUGGUGGAACUGGGGCCCAGCAUCGAGGAGGACUGCCAAAAGUAUAUUCUGAAACAGCAGCAGGAGGAGUCUGAGAAGCCCUUGCAGGUGGCCGCCGUCGACAGCAGUGACCCGCGGACAUCAGAGCUGGCGGGCAUCACCACACUUGAUGACCCCUUGGGGCAAAUGCCUGAGCGCUUCGAUGCCUUCAUCUGCUACUGCCCCAGCGAUAUCCAGUUCGUUCAGGAAAUGAUCCGGCAGCUGGAACAGACAGACUACCGGCUGAAGCUGUGCGUGUCUGAUCGCGAUGUCCUCCCUGGCACCUGUGUUUGGUCCAUCGCCAGUGAGCUCAUCGAGAAGAGGUGGGCGACGUGGCCAGGGGUCCAGUGGGUGGGCGCACAGAUGCCGAGAUCCUCCCAGUCUGACCACAGUGGACGGCUUGCAGGUGCCCAUCAGAAGCGACUGAUCCCCAUCAAGUACAAGGCGAUGAAGAAGGAGUUCCCCAGCAUCCUGAGGUUCAUCACCGUCUGCGACUACACCAACCCUUGCACCAAGUCCUGGUUCUGGACUCGCCUCGCCAAGGCCCUGGCCCUGCCCUGAGGAUGGCCCCGGGCUGCUGGGGGUGCGCGCGUCUGCCUGUCCGCCUGCACCUGGGCUUCCGCCCCUGCUUCCCCUGCUGUGGGGGGACCUGUGCUCCACUUGCCUCUUGAUUCCUGGAGGUGCCAACUCCGCACACGCUGUGUGUCCGGACGUCGCAGCCCACGUCCUGCACGGAGCAGGCGUGUGUCCACCUGCUGGGUUAUCAGCCGGGAUGGUGGAACCCGGAGCCGGCUGGGACUAAGAAGGGGACCGGCAGAGCCAGCUCUGACCUGUCCACACGUCGCAGCCCUCGGUUUCCCCGAAAACGAAGCGGGGUGGGGAGAAGGGGCAGUAGCUGUGUUUGAAUCUCUUUCGAGGGCGCCUGACCCCGGACAAAGGUGGGACCCACGUGCAUUCCUUUUCUCUCUUUUUCCCUCUUCAUUGAAGCAAACCCUGGCCAGAACCCAGUAUGCCAGCCUCCGCACCGAAGGCGCACAGAACGGAAGUGAGCGAGCCGCUUGAGGCAGAGCAGGUCUGCCCACCCCGGGGCAUUUGCAGGCUGGUCCUUACCCAGCCAGGCUGGAGCGCGGUGCCCUUCCUCAGGGUCCUGGGGGCCCUGGAGGCCCCGCCCUGCAUGACCUUGAUGGAUCGAUCGCCCAGCUAACCAUGCACUUACCCCCACUUUGACACUGGGGCAUAUUUUUUAAACAGUUUCAAAAGUAUCUUUCCUGCCUGUUUUGUAGGCAUUGUGAGAAUUCAGAGAGAGCUGAGCUAUGCCGAUCUGUGUGCGUCAUUUCUCCCCUGUAUCCUGGGUUUAUAAUAAAGAGUUCUCUACUUUCAGAA